AUGAGUGGCGGCCUUGGCUUGACCGGGAAGCGGGCGGUCGUCGUGGGCCUCGCCAACAAGCACUCACUUGCGUUUGCAAUUGCGUCGACGCUACAGUCGCACGGCUGCGAAGUUGGUAUCGUUUCGGCGCCUGUUUCUUUCGAGCGCGCGGCAAAAGCCAUCUCGCUCUUGCCAGAGCAGCCGUCGUUCCACGUCGCGUGCGACGUCGCGCAGCCAGACGACAUGGCCCGCCUCGGCGACCUAGCACCCAUGGACUGUGUCGUACAUUCGGUCGCCUACGCGUCGCCCGACGCGCUUACCAAGCCAUUUGCGACCACGACGCCCGACGCCUUCAUGCAGUCGAUGCUCAUCAGCAGCCACUCUCUCGUGGGCCUCGUACAGAAUCUGAGCCUGAACCCGGGCGCCAGCAUCGUUGCGCUCUCGUAUCUUGGCGCCGUGAAAGCGAUUCCCAACUACAACAUCAUGGGUCCGGCCAAGGCGGCGCUCGAGGCCACGUGUCGAGCACUCGCGCUCGAGCUUGGGCCGCGCAACAUACGCGUCAAUGCUGUGAGCGCGGGCCCUGUGAACACGCUUUCGGCGCGAGGCAUUCCCGGCAUCUCCAAGAUGCGUCAGUACGUCGUCGAUGCUGCGCCGCUGCAGCGCAACAUUACGCCGGAAGAAGUGGCCAACGCCACGGCUUUUCUCUGCUCGCCUCUCGCCAGCGGUAUGACGGGGCAAACCAUUUAUGUUGACGGCGGCAUGAGCUCGAUCGCGAUGGUGGCCCCAAAUUCGGGCACAUAG